AUGGCUUCUUGUAUAUCCACUCCCUCGCCUUCUUCCCGAUUACAUCUCACUAAAACAACCUUCAUUGCCGCAACUUCACUCCCUCUCUAUCACAGUAGUAAAUGUGAAAUGACCAGAAGGAGUUUAGCAGUUAAAGGAAUUGUAGCAACUGGAGUUUCAGCUAUGGCUAUGGCUUCCACUCUUACUUCUCAAGCUCAACCAUCUCAAGACAAGGAACUUGAAAGAUUAGCAUACAAACCUGAAGGGUACAAUUAUUGGAAGUGGAAGGAUCAUAACAUUCACUAUGUUGUACAAGGAGAAGGACCUCCUCUUGUUCUUAUUCAUGGUUUUGGUGCAUCUGCUUUCCAUUGGAGAUACAAUAUCCCGGAAUUGGCUAAGAAACACAAGGUUUAUGCCUUAGACUUGCUUGGAUUUGGAUGGAGUGACAAAGCACUCGUCGACUAUGAUGCCAUGGUAUGGAGGGAUCAAGUCACGGACUUCUUGAAGGAAAUCGUAAAAGAACCAGCUGUUUUGGUUGGAAACAGCCUUGGAGGAUUUACUGCUUUGAUUGCAGCAACCGGGUUGCCUGAGUUUGUCAACGGGGUCGCGCUACUGAAUUCUGCAGGACAAUUUGGUGAUGGAAAUAAGGAAAGUAAAAACUCCGAGGAAACACCUCUACAAAAGUUUUUCCUAAAACCGUUGAAGGAAGUUUUCCAGCGUGUAGUUCUCGGAUUUAUAUUUUGGCAAUCGAAACAACCUGCCCGAAUUAAAUCAGUCUUGAAAAGUGUGUAUGUAAACUCUUCCAAUGUGGAUGAUUAUCUUGUGGAAUCAAUAACAAGGCCAGCUCAAGACCCGAAUGCCGGAGAAGUUUAUUACAGGUUAAUGACGCGCUUCAUGAUGAAUCAGAGCAAGUACACUCUAGAUUCCGUGUUAAGCGAACUCUCUUGCCCGUUGCUUCUGCUAUGGGGUGACCUUGAUCCAUGGGUUGGUCCAGCCAAAGCUAAUAAAAUCAAAGACUUUUAUCCAAAAACAACUCUUGUUCACUUGCAAGCCGGGCAUUGUCCACACGACGAGACACCUGAGCUCGUGAACACAGCUUUAUUGGACUGGCUCACCACCCUUACUCCUCAAGCCUCUUUCCAAACAGUUUGA